AUGGUUCAGAUGCACUUCCUUGGUUGGAUUGGGCGACCUGCCGACUUUGAUGCUCAACUCUUUGAGUCGGAGGAAGUUUAUGCAGGACUUCCCACGGUAUUCAACUCCAGGAAUAUAGCGAAGCAGCUUGAUAAGUGUUUGAAAGCAUUGCAAGAUGAUCGAAAUGGCUCCAGUCAGUCUGUUCGCACGCUCCUUACUCGAAUUGAACUCCUCGGUACACUGGCCUCUUGUCAAACCCUCUUCGAAUUAGAAUCAUCAAUAUGGAAAGUUAUGUUCACAGUCAGCUAUAACUCUGGAAGGUAUUUGGAUGCUUCAUUCGCUCUGAUAAAUUAUGCUUUUUCGAAACUGUUCUCACAUGAACAGAACGCUUCGGACUAUGAAACUCUGAAGUCAGUUCGCAACGAAGUUCUUGCAGCUGUUCAGGAUAGUGAGAGAAUUCUUGAAUCCUCUCAGGAGACCUGUUCAACAGGUAGACUGACUCCACAUGCACAAUUUCAAUCGGUGAUCAUAUCACUGGAAGAGCAUAUAUCAAACACUAUUGUAACUGGACAGUAUGAGGAAUUCUUCAGUGGAAAGUCAUGGACUGUUGUCUGUGCUCGUGGCUACUUUUAUUGGUUGCAUCUUCACGCUCGCUGCUUAUUUGGUGGCAGUUAUGAAGUAUCCCAUGCAUCCGACGUACCAGGCAUUUCUCAGAAGUUUCCCCCACCGCCUGUGUCUCCACUGCAUGCUGCAGUUAUUGUUCGUAUGCACGGUCAAACGCUGGUCAAAUUCAUGCGUCAGUCUUGCGAAUACAAGUUACAAAAUCGAUGCUCUGCUAGAAAUCUCAAGAAUUCGGCAGACACUGAAAAAGAAAACAAAGAUCCUACCAAUGGCCAUAGAAAUUCAGAACCAUCAGUUAAAAUUUUGUCACCAUCGUCAAAUGUAGAGUUAGCAACCGUUGCUUGGUCGUCCGCUUCCUUAACAGACACUGAAUUACUCAAUUUAUGGCUAGCAACUAGAUUGCUUCUCUAUGGUUGUCGUCAGUCUGCUGAAUUAUAUACACUUCUGGGUGCUGUAAGGGAAGCUCGUGUAUAUCAAAAUGAAUUAUUAUGCAUCAGUCAGCGGUUUCAUUUGUGCAAUUAUACCCAAGUCGCCCUCAAUUUAAUGGCUCAUUUAGACAUGUUCGCACAACGUCGGUGGGCUUUCGAGUUACGUCUACUUCAGCUAAACCAUAUUGCAACAUGUCAUUUGUCUCUGGAAGAAAUAGUGGGUAAAAGAUCGAACCAGAAACGCCAGGCUAAUCCAAACAUGAGGUCGAAUUAUAAAAGUUCCAGUGAUUCUGAUGAGUCAGCUUUUAUUCAUUCAAAAGCAUUUCCCAGUGAGUCUCUCGACAACAGUCUUGGGGAUCAUAAACUCUUCAAAGAUGUGUCUGAACUGAACUCCGUAUCACGUGAUGCAUUUUCUGAUGGCUCUAAUAUGCUAUUAUCUGAUAAUUGUAAUGAGCCUUUCAGGUCAAUACUUCAUAGUAGUCCAACAGAGCGUUUAUUGGUGAACAAGAAAGUUGUUGUAAUUAACGUUUAUCCAAGUGCUACACAGAUAGGCUCUGUGAUUGCUGGAAGCUGCUGA